AUGCCAGACAGAGUGAUCAGUUUCCAGGGCCAGAGCUUCCACAGACUGAGGCGCUCAUGUCGGAGGCGCGGUGUUGAGUUCAAGGACCCUCUGUUCCCCGCCUCAGCCCAGUCUCUGUUCUUCAAGAGGGAACCACCGGCCGGACUGUCCUGGAAGAGGCCCAGGGAGAUCUGCAAAGACCCCCGUCUGUUUGUGGACGGCAUCAGCACCAGGGACCUGCACCAAGGCAGUCUGGGAAACUGCUGGAUGGUCGCCGCCAUUUCCUGUCUCGCAUCCGAGCCAUCUCUGUGGAAAAAGGUAAUUCCCAAUCACACGGAUCAGGAGUGGAACCCAAAGCACCUGGACCUGUACGCUGGGAUUUUCCACUUCCGUUUCUGGCGUUUCGGGCGCUGGCUGGACGUUGUGGUGGACGACCGUUUGCCCGUCAGCGCUGAUGGAGCUCUCCUGUUCUGCCGCUCCGCCACGCCCAGGGAGUUCUGGAGCGCGCUGCUGGAGAAGGCCUAUGCCAAACUGAACGGCUGCUAUGAGGCUCUGGAGGGAGGAAACACGGCCGAGGCCCUGAUCGAUUUCACGGGUGGAGUUUCAGAGCCCCUCAGUCUGAACCGGGAAGCGCUCAGUCUGCAGAGCGACCAGAGGAGGGCGCUGUUUCACACACUGGCCCAAGCGCACGAGAGGAAAGCCCUCAUCACCUGCUUCAUUCGGCCGGCUGAGGGCGAGCUGGUGGAGUCUGUGAUGGAGUGUGGCCUGGUGCGGGGCCACGCCUACGGGAUCACUGCCCUGAAGAAGGUCCAUGUGCCUGAAAGACUGUCCGCCGGCAGGAUGUCCCGCCUUCUACUGCUGCGCAUGAGGAACCCCUGGGGCUCCAUCGACUGGACAGGAGCCUGGAGUCAAGGGUCGCAGCAGUGGCAGCAGAUCAGUCGCACUGACAGAGACAAGUUGGGCCUUCCUGUUCGAGAUUUAGGACAGUUUUGGAUGGAGUUUGAGGACUUCUGCCGCUAUUUCACUGACGUGGUCGUGUGUCGCCUGGUGGAGAAGGCUUCACUGUGGCCUCGAUCGUCCUGGAGAGAGGUGAGCCGCUUCGGACAGUGGACCCCGGCUCCGUCCACCCCUGACCCCCCUCCUCCACCCCUCUGCACUGUCCCACGGAGAACCCCCUCCCUCAAGACUACGCCGCAAAGGGGGAACUGCAAAGAGGCACGACAGGGGGAGAACCGCAGGGACAAGGUGCUCAAAGAUGUCCCUCAGAAGUCGAAUGAGAGGAGGUCACAGCUGAGCAGAGUUUGGGAAGAGCAGACGGAUACGAGGAGCCGAUGUGGAGGAUGCAUCAACCACAGAGACACCUUUCUACACAACCCACAGUUUAUGUUUGACGUCCGAAAAGAGGAGGAGGUGCUGAUCUGUCUGCAGCAGGAGGACCGGAGGAUGAGGAGGAAAAAUGGCGAUGGAGAAAACUUGCCCAUUGGAUUUGAAGUCCUGAAGGUGGAGGUGAACCGCUGCAGCCGUGUGCAGUGUGUGCUGGAGCAGGCCGUGAGCUCUGUGUACAUGGAUUCUCGCAGUGUCACCGUGCGAGCGCUCUUGGGUCCGGGCCGUUACGUCGUCCUGCCGACCACCUUCCUCCCAGGAGCCACGGGCCGCUUCCUGCUGCGACUCUUCUCUCAUUCACACAUACGGCUCAGUGAACUGGUGGAGGACUUACCAGCGCCCUCUGUCUUCCACUGUGUGUUACCGCAGCCCACAGUCGUGACCACGGUGCACCUGCGCAGAGCGACCGCUCUCUGUGUCCAUGAGCAGAAAGCUCCAGAUGUUUACGCUGUCAUACGCUGUGAAAACAACACGGUCCGGAGCCACGUGUUCAAAGCUGAAGGAAACCCAGACUUCAACCUCAGGAGCAUCUUCUACAGGAGACACCCACAUGUCCACAUUUCUAUAGAGUUAUGGCGGAGGGGCGUGCUGUGGGACUCCAUGUUGGGUGAAGUCCGGGUGCAGACGGCGGAGUGGCAGCGCAGUAAGAGCCACAUCCUGGAGCUCCGCAAAGGGUCCUCCAGAGCCUGCGUUUUCCUGGAGACGUCAUCCAGCCCCUGCCUCACUGACCUCUGA